CUCAUCAGCUCCCAUUUCCAUCUCCAUACUACUAGCUGUGCAUGCUAAUAUUAGCAUCUUAGCUUUACUCUAAUGGCGCAUCCUCAACUUCAUCUUCUCAUCAUCACGUUAGCUCUCGCCGCCGGCGUCAACAUCUCCGCUUCCUAUGUCCUCAAGGGCUCUGUCUCCUGCAUGGACUGCAAUGCCCACCAUGAUCUCUCAGGAAUCAAGGUCUCGGUGAAGUGUAGCCACGAGAAGAAACUAGGCAUGGCGAUUACGGAGGAAGACGGCAGCUUUGACACAACUGUGGCCUCAAACUCACCGCAUUCCGCCGGCGGCUGCAGUGCCAAGAUUCUCGGAGCCACCCAACAGCUCUACGCUCCAAAAAGCGCGGAAGAAUCUAAGAUCGUGGAAGCAGAUGGACACUACACAACCUCGGAGCCUUUAAGGUUUUACACCAAAUGUCCCAACGAAAAAUGCGGAUCUCCAAAAUCGGGGCUGGGCUCGUCCAAGACCUUUGAAGUGCCGCCGCUGCCCAGGGAAUGGGCUCCCACUGCUAGCUUAAUCAUGCCUUUCUUUCCCAUCAUUGGCAUACCCUAAUUAUGUUUGCUGGUCGGCCUGUUACUUCGUUAUGAAAAUAUGUAGUGCGGUUAAAACCGUUAUUAUACCUUAAACAAACUUCCAUGAUGAUGUAUUAUAUAUGUGCGUGGCAUAAAUUAAGUUUAGUGUCAUAUAUAUAUGUAACUAUGUACCUAUGUGUGUACGUGCGAGUAAAUGCACCGCUUUCUAGUUGUAAAAUAUUUGCUUUGCUAUGUUCAAUUAAGGUAUUUCACGUUUUAUUAAUUGAAAAUGCUUCUUAUA